GCAACAACUGCCAUGGCCGGCGAAACUGCAGAAACAAGACUUGACCCCUCUUCUCCCUAUUACCUUGGUUCGGGAGAUUAACCGGAAACUUGAUUACUCAUGUGAUCUUCCGCGGUGACAACUACGUGGCAUGGUCGAGAGCAAUUAUGAUGUCCCUAAAGGCUCGAAGAAAGCACGUUUUUAUUGACGGAACUCUUAAAAAGCCGGCGGAGGGUCCGAGAGUGAUGGAUUGGGAUCCGGUCAACUCUAUGAUUGUGUCGUGGAUUCUGCGAAGCAUGGAAGCAAACGUGGCGCCAUCGAUCCCAUAUCAUGAAGAAGCAAGGAGCUUGUGGCUGUAUUUUGAAAAAAGAUAUAGCGUUGCUAACGGUCCUCGUUUGCAGCAACUUCGGGCAGCAAUUACGGAAUGUAAACAAACCAAAACCAUGUCCGUGGACGCGUAUUACACCGCACUUACGGGACUAUAUAACGAUGAUAAGAGCAAGUUGCUUUGUUCCAACUGCAAGCAGAAGGGGCAUUAAAUUGGUAGUUGCUUCAAGCUCCAUGGAUACCCGGAGUAGUGGGAAGAAAGAAACUAGAACAAAGGCAACGUGGUUGGACGUAAUGCAGGGGUUCGAGCUCAUGCUAUGACAUCGGCUUUAGGAAGUGUGGAUACUAUUUCUGCAGGUGGUGGACCGAACCCUUUGAACAGCCUGACCAAAGAGCAGGUCGAAGCUCUCCUGCGCUUGCUUCAGGCAGAUACGAACACAAGUGAUCGCAUGGAAGGACCGUCACUCGAGGAACCUGAUUAGAGCCGGUGAACGACGAGAUGGGCUCUUUUACUUCCGAGAUAUACCAGUGGUGCAUGUUGUAGCAACGUCUCCGAUUACAGAGUUUGAGUUAUG